AAGCCUGGUUACGGGUGACUGAUAGCAAUCACAUUUUUGCACAUUUUCGUAAUGGCAAGUGGCUAUCGUUGAGGUUGUCAGUGAGUUUAUCCAAUGGUGUUAAAUUUUUUAAUUAUUCCUGAUUAUUAUGAUGAGUAUUUAUAAAUGGAUUCAAUGUUUAUUUGGAUUACAUUGAAAGUUAAACUAAUACUUGGAGUCCAAAAUAAAAGUUAAAAAAUUUAAAAACUAAUUAAUUUAUAACACUUUAUUCUGCUUAUGCACUGUCAUUAUUUAUUAAUGUUUGAAAUCGUUCUCGAAACAUUUGGUGUUGUGCGAAAAUAAUAAAAGUGCGACAUCAUGAAAACUUAUUUGGUAAUUUUACAAAAACUGUCUGACAUCAAAGAUUUAUUGGAUAAUCUUCAUAAUAUUGAUACUAAGCUCAAGUGACAACAUGUUGGAUUGUUGAUUGGAUUAAUAUUUUUAUAUAAUGACUUUUAGUAGAAUAAAUCAGCAUUGGAUUCAAUGAAUUUUCUUCGAUUCCAUUACUUUUAUUGUUUAAUACUAUAUUUACUAGUAAAUAUUAUAAAUUGUAGAAAUUGUGCUGUUUUAUUCUGGAGUUAACUAGUUUUAUAGUACAUUCAAACGACUGAUUACUUUGUUUUCUCUGUUAUUUAUUUGAGAAUCAAAUAAAUACAAUAGUAAUAAUUAUGUCAGCUAAUGAAUUUUAUGUUUUUUUAAGUUAUAAUUUUGACGACAGUUCUAUAAAUGAUAUUCAAUAAAAAAAGCUGGUCAAUAAAUAUUUACAAUGUAGGGUUGUAAUUUUUGCAACUCUUAUUUAAUGUUUUGGUCGUGGUCUUCCGUUAUAAAAAAAGAAAAUGUUGGGCAACGUGUCAAACGCAAGUGCCAGUGGACACAUUAGUGUAUUACAUUCAAAACAAGGAAUAAGAACUUCAAACACACGUUUAUCAUGUUUUUCAGUAGAUGAAAACGCCUCUGAAACUAGUGAAGAGAAACUUAAGUCUAGAAAAAUUAAAGAUAAUAAUAGAGUUAUGGUUGUUUCAGAAACAAAUAUUAAUUCACAAUUAUCAAAUUUAUGUAAAAGAUCAUGCCAAUUACCAUGCUCUUACAAAACUGAAAAUUUUAUACCUAAAACUACUUGUAGUGUUGAUUCGAAAUUUUCUAAAAGCUCACAAAGUAAUCAAGCAAAUAAAAUAUUUUUACGACCAAAAUCAUCUCCUAUAAUUACUUCAACAGUUCAUAAAUGCUCAACUAACACUGAUUGUCCCAAACUUUUGAUUGGUCCAAAGUCAGAAUGUUCUGUUUCUCAUAGUGCUUCCAAAUCUACCAAAAAUUCAUCUUCAUCUGAUUUAAAUUGUUUAUAUGUACAAACCAAUACCAAUAAAGAAUUGUUAAGCAGUUCGAAAAAAUUAUUCUCAGUCCAUCACGAUAUGCAUGUUAAUAAUGAGCCGUGUUCUAGUGGUCAAGAAUUCGUUCAUAGAGAUCAAUAUAUAAGUAAAAUUUCAAAUCCAAAAUCAGUUUUACCCAUCAAGUCUAACAAAGUGAUAUGUAAUGAAGCUGAUAAAAACAAUUCAUGUUCAGUUAGAAACAUGGAGGAUUGUCCUAUAUUAAGUAAGGAAACAUCAUCGGAAAUUCAAAAUACAAUAUCACGUCCGAUUUUUAAUAAUGACAACUCUAAUAUUACUGAUCAAACGGUAAAUUUAGAUGGAAAGAAUUCUCCAAUAAAUAAUCUCGAUUUUGCAACAACGUCUUUGAUAGAUGAAAAACGUUGUGGUCAAGAAAUGCAAAAUCAUUGUAUAACCUUUUUGCCUCAAGAUUUACCUACAGAAUUACAGUCUUCCCCCGUAAGUUAUAAGGACAGAGAAAAAUGUCAAGAUUCUUGGCGACCUACAGAGCUUGAAGGAAAUUUACUGUGUUCCAUCCAACAAUAUAAUAGUGAUAAUAUUCAAGAACAUAUUAUGAGGAGAAGAACUGGUGCAUCUUGUCAAGCAUUGAGGCACGCCGUUUCGUCUCUGAACAGACUAGAUGACUUUUAUACAGAAAAAAUCGGCUCUGGGUUUUUUUCUGAAGUUUUUAAGGUUACUCACAAGGUAACGGGACAAAUUAUGGUUCUUAAGAUGAAUCAGCUACCCGCAAACAGACCGAACAUGCUGAAAGAAGUUCAGUUGAUGAAUAAACUCAAUCAUCCUAACAUACUUAGAUUUAUGGGUGUUUGUGUACACGAGGGUCAGCUACAUGCAUUAACAGAAUACAUUAACAAUGGCAGCUUAGAGCAGCUUAUCAUGGCUAGGCAUAAACCAUUAAGUCACUUAACAAAGAUGAACCUUGCCAAAGACAUAGCGCGAGGAAUGUCAUAUCUUCAUAGUCGAGGGAUUUUUCAUCGUGAUUUGACUUCAAAGAACGUCUUAAUUAAACGUCUUGAGAUAACUGAAGCACUUAUGGCAGUAGUUGGUGAUUUCGGACUUGCAGCCAAAAUUCCGGAUCCUAGUUCAGGAUAUCGAUUAAGUACAGUUGGAAGUCCUUACUGGAUGUCUCCAGAAUGUUUAAAAGGACAGUGGUAUGAUCACCGAUCAGAUAUUUUUUCUUUCGGUAUAGUAAUAUGUGAAUUAAUUGGACGUGUACCUGCUGAUCCUGAUGUUCUUCCGCGCUCAGAUAAUUUUGGCCUUGAUUAUCUUGCUGUAGCAGAAAUUUGCGCCCCAGAAGAUCCACCACCUGCAUUUUUACAACUUGCCUUCGAUUGUUGCACCGUGAGUAAUUAUGAGCCGAAAUCUAGGCCAACGUUCCCAGAAAUUGUUACCAUAUUAGAUAAUUUAAUAAGAAAUUAUGAUAAACAAUCAAGAAUUAGUCGUUUGAUACAGCGAUGUGGAGGAACAGCGUUAUUAACUACAAUCGAUGACAGCGUCAGAGAAGGUAGAAAUUUUCAACGUAAAACGGCUAGACAAAGAAGUCGCUCAGCGGACGCUAGAAGCUGCGAUAAUGCAACGCCUUCAGAUAAAGCUCGGUGUCAUUCAGCUAGGCGAGUCGCCGAACUUGCUAGUCGAAGGGAUCCUCAUUAUCGACCUAUGACAGCAAAUCCUUUUCAAGCAUUAAGUGGAAUUAAAAAGAUUCUAGGUGAUCUUUUUUCUAGUUGCCUUGAACUUCCGUCUCUUGAAGAUAUUAGACCCAGUAUUUUAGAUAGUGUUGAUUCUAAAUUUAAACUAGCACGAAAUGACGAUAUUGUGAAAGUUUUGGAACGAAAGAAACCAAAGUCAGAGCCAAGUAGUCCAACCGCUAGAAAAAAAUGGGAGAAAAAGGUUAUUGCAAAAAUUGGUGCCGCAAGCUUCUUCGCUCAUCCACUCUUCAGGGAAAGCUGGGAACUUCGGAGACGUGGAAGCUGUGAAUCUGGAUUCUGGAGUUGUGUUGGUGAAGAUUUAAGCCCAGAACCACCUAAUCGUCGGCAAACGUCUACAUUGAGUAGUUCAGCAGCUAGUAGUUUGUUUCUGUUGGAUGAUCAUAGAACGAGUUCCAUAUUUACAGACUCUUCCGAGGAUAUUGCAAGUCUUGGUGGUGGAGAUUCAUCUUAUUGGGAAGAGAAAUUGAGCUCUUCUAGUAAGACUAUUUCAAAAAUUGUUGAGUACUUCGAGAGAAAACAAGCUACCGCUAGUAGAAAUAUUCGAGAAGCCACUCCAAAUAGAACUGUGUUGUUGAAAACAAAUCUUGAAGGCAAUAUGCCACUAUGCAGCAUCUCUGCAGCCCAACGACUAGUUAUUUGUGAUGGUGCUGUGAAAAGUAAACUACCCCUUUUUGAUAAAAAAUGACAAGUAUUUUUCUGUGAAGAAUAUGAGUGUUCUUAAAUAAUUAAAAAUUUUGUACUUGUACAAAUUAAUGUACAUUAGUGAAUAUGUAAUGUAGACAUUUUAUACUCUGCCCGAUCAUAGCACUGAUACGAUUCUUAAGUGAUAUAUGGAUUUAUGUUUUGUUUUUAAUUAUUUAAUGGAAAUCGUCAUGGUUAUUUGUUUCUAUUCUUUAUUCAACUUAACUGUUUUAAAACAAAAUAUUUAAAUAAAUAUAUGAUAUGACUA